GUGCGAGUCGAACGCACUAUUGGUUACAUCUUACAUCGUUAUAUUGCAUCGAAGUUCUGACUUUGGAUGAAAAUUAAUCUCGAAAUGUGGUGCUAAAAAGUAAGCGUGAUCUGUGCCCAUCAUCAAUGGGAACCCAACUUUUGAAAAUGACAAUCUCGCGAACAAAAUAUUGAGUGACAGAAAGAAAUAUACUAAGAAGUAUUGUUGAGAAUGAUGGAGAAUUUAAAAACGAGUAGAAGUGAAGUUUUUCCAGCGGACAGCUGGCCGACCGUAAUGCGACUCUUACUACUCGUCGCUGCGCUGACGACAGUAAACGCAAGAUCGGAUAAGCUACAAAAUGAUCAACACCAGCAGCAGCAGCAGCAGCAGCAGCAGCAGCAGCAGCAGCAGCAGCAGCAGCAGCAGCAGCAGCAAAUUGUAAAAAAACUCGUGGCACCGGCAAUCAUAGAUCCACGCAGCGAAAAGCUCGUGCUAAGCUGCGAAUACGACUUGCGUGGCAAGGAGCUCUAUUCGGUCAACUGGUACAAAUACGAUAAGACGUUAUUCAGGUAUAUGCCCAGCAUGAAACCCAAGGGUACCGCCUUUCAACAAGAUCCCGAUGACGUGUCCGUCGACAUCGACGAUAGCUACAGCAAGAGACUAACCCUUCGUGGUCAUAAAGACAUUCGCAAAAAUAUGAAAGCAUACGAGGGUACGUACACAUGCGAGGUGGCAAUGGAGCAAACUUUCCACGCGGCUUUCGCCGUGGCUAAUGUGAGCUCGGCUAUUCUGCCGCAGAGCGAUCCUGUGCUCGAGGGACUCAACUCUCACUAUCACGUAGGAGAAUAUCUCAACGCUGUUUGCACCACCGCUCCGAGUCUUCCACCUGCUGAAAUAACUUUUUAUCUAAACAGGCACAAGGUUGAAUCAAUACACGUAACGUAUAACAAAAAAUUAUAUCCAAUCGGCGAGUCAGCAGUUGCACCAUCGCAGGCCUCUUUAUCGAUGAGUCUUGAUCGCAAACACUUCCCUGAUGGUACUCUUACUGUUACUUGUAAAGCCACGUUACCCGGUAUUUACGCGGCACCCGAGUAUAAGACCGAACAACGUGCUACACUCGCCGCAAGUAAUCAGAGGUUGGCACAAGACAGAUUGUUUUUCAAUAGUUCCGGCCAAUUGAAAGUUAGUAUGGUUGUUUUGUUAAUUGAGAUUAUUGCCUAUGGAUUGUGAGUGGAAUGGUGAAGAAAUUUGAAAUAAUUGUAUAAGAGAAAUAUAAUCUCAAGACUUGAUUUUUCACUGACGCACAAUUUUAUUUUUAUUCAAUUCAUGUAUAAUUGAGAUACAUUUUGUAUUUUUUUAUUCAUGGCAUAAUUUAACAUUCAGAUUGAAAUUCAUGACACAUUCUAAGGUUUCGAUUUUUUCAUUAAUUACAUAAAAAUAAAAUAGCGCUGCCAGUCAUACUAAUACCUCGAAAAGGUUUUGUCAAUCUCAUUUAUUUUCAUUUGUAUAAAAGCACACGACUUGCUCCGUGAAUCUUGUAACUUUUUGUAAAUAAUGUACAUAAUACAUUUGACCAAAUGGACUAAAUCUUUAGUCAUGAGAUGCUAAUUAUGGUUGACGUUGUACGCUUGUGUUUAUAUGUAGAAGAAUGUUUGUAAUGAAUAUAAAGCAAAAAUAAAAAAACAAAAUAAACGAGAAUCAACGAUGACCUGCGUUA